ACAAACACCGAGACAGGCAGAGAGAGAAGAAAAGAAGAUGAAUAUGGACCAAUAUAUCCUUGAAGCACUGGAAGGUGAGUUUUUGUUGUAUGAGAGUCUUCCAGUACUAAACCAAAGAGCUUUUGUGCCCUACGCAAGCAGACCCAUCACUGAAGAGGGGCUUGAUAAGCCUCCUAACUACAUGAACAUGAACAAGAGGAUGGUGCAGUUCCUGAGGAAAAGUUGGGCACCUGCAACUGCCAGAAUCGAAACGGGAGAGGACGUCAGAGAACGGGGUUUUCGCCACAUGCUCAACGAGCGCAUGAGGAGGGAGAAGCAGAAGCAGAGCUACAUGGCCUUGCAUUCCAUGCUGCCAAAUGGAGCCAAGAGUGAUAAGAACUGGAUUGUGCAAAUGACAGCCAUGAAUAUUCAGCAGCUGCAGAGGUAUAAGGAGGAGCUGAGAAAGAGGAACAUGGAGUUUGAAGCCAUUUUGGCGGCAAACGAAAAGGAGAGAGUGAAUUGGAGCAAGAUUAGAUUAAGGGUAGCAAAUCCAACAUCAGGGGUUGAUUCUAUGCUGGAGGUUCUUAGGUGCUUGCAAUAUUUGGGGUUGAAAGCCAGAAAUGUUCAAUCUAAUUUCUCUGCCCAGGAGUUUUCAGCAGAGCUGGAAAUUGAAACCAAGAUUGGGGCCGCGGAGAUAGAAGAGGCCUUGCAAGAAACCCUCUAUGAAGCUGAGAGGAAACUUCGGUUUUCACUUCCAGGCAGGUGAAGGGAAGAAGAUUCAUUGAAUUAUUUCCCCAACAAAAGCAGCACUGAUUGAUUGCUAGCGUAAAGUCAGCUCAGUUGGCUUCACUUUUGACCUUAGUGUUGUAAAUUAUGGUAUUGGAUUUGGGGUGAAAGUGAAAAUAAAUGGGUCAAUUUUUGUUUCUUAGUGGAUUGAAAAAUUGAUGUCGUGAAUUUGACUAUACUUCCAAGCAUGAAACUGUAUUAUUAUAUACUC